AGGGAAAGUGCCGCUGCGAGGCAGUCCGUUGAGCUGUACUGCGCCUGGAAUUUGGCGGAAAGCAUCGCUCCGUUUGAUUGAUUGCCGUUUUAUCUAUCUCGCCCCGGAUCUCGUACGCGUCGGUGUUCAGUGUGCCGAGGUGAGGAAGAAGAUGGCGCAGCCAUCGCCCAAGAAGGUGCUGCUGAUGGGCCGCGCGGGAGCGGGCAAGACGUCGAUGCGGUCCAUCAUCUUCGCCAACUACCUGGCUCGGGAGACGAAGCGCUUCACCUACACGAACCACGUGGAGCAGUCGCAUCUGCGGUUCCUGGGCAACCUGAUCUUGUCGCUGUGGGACUGCGGCGGGCAGGACACCUUCAUGGAAAACUACUUCGAGAGCCAGCGGGAACACAUCUUCCGCAACUGCGAGGUGCUCAUCUACGUCAUCGGCCUCUCACCCGCCACCAUCGACAUCGCCCUCAAGUCCAGCGGCGGCAACGAGCCCUCCGGCGCGCAGAGCAAGCCGCCGGCGACGACCAAGGAGUUCGAGAAGGACUUUGUGUACUGGAAGCAGACGGCCGAGUCCAUCAGGCAGUUCUCCCCGUUCGCCACGGUGUUCUGCCUGGUGCACAAGAUGGACCUGGUCAAGGAGCAGGACCGAGAGCGGGUCUUCGCCUUCUAUGACGGCGAGCUGCGGCGGCUGGGCGGCGACCUCAGGCGCAUCCAGACCUUCGCCACGUCGAUAUGGGACGAGACGCUGUUCAAGGCCUGGUCCGACAUCGUCAACUGCCUCAUCCCGUAUGUCAACGUCCUCAACGCCCACCUCAAGCACUUCUGCAGUGUGGCGCAGGCCGACGAGGUCGUGCUGUUCGAAAAAUCCACAUUCCUGGUCAGGCACUAGAGUGAGAGGGCAAGCCGUCGGCUGGCUAACACAGUGUCUGUGUCUGGGUGUGGGUGUGGGUGUGGGUGUGUGUGUGCAGGUGAUAGCAUCUGCCAGCGACGAGCACCACAAGGAUCCCCAUCGCUUCGAGAAGAUCUCCAACAUCGCCAAGCAGUUCAAACUCACCUGCGGCAAGUCACAGGCCAGCCACACACACACUCACACACACACACACACAGAGACAGACAGACACACAGACAGACAUUGCACUGUAAACCGUGUAUCUGUGUAAGCCUGCCGGGGUGUGUGUGUGUGUGUGUGGUGUCAGGCCAACUUCACGACCCUGACGGUGCAGAAUUCCUUCUUCCGCGCCUUCAUCGACAAGUUCACCGACAACACAUACAUCAUGGCCAUCAUCACCAACAAAGGUCAGUCAGUGCUGGCCUGGCGGUGGGGGCAGCCAGGCAGGGGACGGACUGACACACGGACAGACAGAUCUGUGUACCUAGAUAUCUCAUGGGCGGUCCAUGUAUGUCUGUGUGCUCUCAGAGGUUCCGUCCGCCGCCGUGCUGAUCAACAUCGAUCUGGCCAGGUCGCACUUUGACCGAAUCGCCGCCAGCAUGCCGUCAGGGCCCACACUGUGAAUGAUGUGCCUGUCUGAUGAGGGUUUGGGGGAGGUGAGCUGCACACACCGUGUGUGUGCCGUGCUGCUUCACUCUCACUCACUGAUUGCAAAACGUGUAUAUGGAUUCACCGACUGAGGCUGCCGCCCCGCCGGGUAUUUUUGCCGGCCAUCAGGUAGGUAGGAAGGAUGACUGACUGACUGACUGACACCUGCAGGCAGCAGAUCGGUUCUCACUGUCCAUGCUGGCUGCGUGAAUGAAUGACACUUGUACACUCUGACUGACUGCAUCCCUCUGUGGAAUUAUCAUCAUUCACUG